CGCCGCGAUGGAAGAGCGCCGCAAGGCGGACCCCCGGAGGAUGGAGGAUGAGGCGGUGCUGGACCGGGGGGCAUCGUUCCUGAAACAUGUGUGCGACGAUGAGGAGGUGGAAGGUCAUCAUACGGUCUACAUCGGGGUACACGUGCCUAAGAGUUAUAGGAGGAGGAGACGCCACAGAAGACGGCCCAAGGAGAAGAAAGAAAAGGAGAAACUCACCGAAUACUACUCGGACAAAUCCGAUGUGGAAAAUGCAGACGAGACCAGCAGCAGCAUCCUCAAACCACUCAUCUCCCCUGCCGCCGAGCGCAUCCGCUUCAUUUUGGGCGAAGACGAUGACAGCCCCGCUCCGCCUCAGCUCUUCACGGAACUGGACGAACUGCUGGCCGUUGAUGGGCAGGAGAUGGAAUGGAAGGAGACGGCAAGGUGGAUAAAGUUUGAAGAAAAAGUGGAACAGGGAGGAGAGAGGUGGAGUAAACCUCACGUUGCCACGUUAUCCUUGCACAGUUUGUUUGAACUGAGGACGUGUAUGGAGAAAGGGUCGAUCCUGUUGGACAUGGAGGCCUCAUCACUCCCUCAGGUAGUAGAGAUGAUUGUUGACAAUCAGAUCGACACGGGGCUGCUGAAGCAAGACAUGAAGGAUAAAGUCACCUACACACUGCUCAGGAAGCAUCGGCACCAGACCAAAAAAUCCAACCUGCGCUCGCUGGCCGACAUCGGAAAGACCGUCUCCAGUGCAAGUAGGAUGUUUACCAACCCCGAUAAUGGCAGCCCGGCCAUGACGCAUAGAAACCUGACUUCUUCCAGCUUGAACGACAUCUCCGACAAACCCGACAAAGAGCAGCUGAAGAAUAAGUUCAUGAAGAAGUUACCUCGGGAUGCCGAGGCCUCCAAUGUACUGGUCGGAGAGGUCGACUUCUUGGAAAACCCUUUCAUUGCCUUCGUUCGGCUACAACAAGCAGUUAUGCUCGGUGCUCUAACAGAAGUUCCUGUCCCGACCCGGUUUCUCUUCAUUUUGCUGGGUCCCAAAGGUAAAGCUAAAUCGUACCACGAGAUUGGCCGCUCCAUUGCCACUUUGAUGUCUGAUGAGGUGUUCCACGACAUUGCCUACAAAGCCAAAGACCGGCAGGACCUGAUCGCUGGCAUCGAUGAGUUCCUGGACGAAGUCAUUGUGCUUCCCCCUGGGGAGUGGGACCCCGCCAUCAGGAUAGAGCCCCCCAAGUCCCUCCCAUCCUCUGACAAAAGGAAAAACAUGUACGCCGGCGGUGAGAAUAUGCAGAUGAACGGAGACACGCCUCAUGACGGGGGCCAAGGCAGUGGGGGCCAUGGUGAUGGUGAAGAAUUGCAACGGACCGGCAAAUUUUUCGGUGGCCUAAUCAAAGAUAUCAAGCGGAAAGCGCCUUUCUUUGCCAGCGACUUCUACGAUGCUCUUAACAUCCAAGCCCUUUCUGCCAUUCUCUUCAUUUAUCUGGCGACGGUAACCAACGCCAUCACCUUCGGGGGGCUGCUGGGCGACGCGACGGACAACAUGCAGGGCGUGUUGGAAAGCUUUCUGGGCACAGCAGUGACGGGGACCGUCUUCUGCUUUCUCGCUGGACAGCCGCUCACAAUCCUGAGCAGCACCGGGCCAGUCUUGGUCUUCGAGCGGCUUUUAUUUAACUUCAGCAAAGAAAACGGUUUCGAUUAUCUGGAGUUCCGGCUCUGGAUCGGCCUGUGGUCGGCCUUCCUGUGUCUCAUCCUGGUGGCCACGGACGCCAGCUUCUUGGUCCAGUACUUCACCCGCUUCACGGAGGAAGGUUUUUCUUCCCUCAUCAGCUUCAUCUUCAUCUACGACGCGUUCAAGAAGAUGAUCAAGCUCGCCGAGUAUUACCCCAUCAAUUCCCAUUUUAAAGUGGGUUACAUCACUCUUUAUACCUGUACCUGCAUGCCACCGGGUCCAGUUAAUAGCUCCUUAUUCAAUGAGACCACCGCAACAUCAGCGAAUUGGCUUGCGAGCAACUCAACAGAGAUGCACAACGGCACAAUGGACUGGCCCUCUCUGGCAAAGAAGGAGUGUCUGAAAUAUGGAGGCACCUUGGUGGGGAACAACUGCAAGUAUGUCCCCGACAUCACCCUCAUGUCUUGUAUCCUAUUUCUGGGCACCUACACCUGCUCCAUGGCCUUGAAGAAAUUCAAGACCAGCCGCUAUUUCCCAACCAUCGCACGGAAGUUGAUCAGUGACUUUGCCAUCAUCCUUUCUAUCCUGAUAUUCUGUGGGAUCGAUGCCCUAGUAGGUGUGGAUACACCAAAGCUCAUUGUGCCAAGUGAAUUCAAGCCAACGAGCCCCCACAGAGGCUGGUUCGUCCCACCGUUUGGAGGGAACCCCUGGUGGGUGUACCUGGCGUCAGCCAUCCCUGCGUUGCUGGUGACCAUCCUCAUCUUCAUGGACCAGCAAAUCACGGCCGUCAUCGUCAACCGGAAAGAGCACAAACUCAAGAAAGGUGCUGGCUAUCAUCUGGAUCUCUUCUGGGUGGCCGUUUUAAUGAUUAUAUGUUCCUUCAUGGGCCUGCCCUGGUACGUUGCUGCUACCGUGAUCUCCAUUGCGCACAUCGACAGCUUGAAGAUGGAGACGGAGACUUCAGCGCCAGGAGAGCAGCCCAAAUUCCUAGGAGUCAGGGAACAGAGAGUGACAGGAGUGCUUGUGUUCAUUCUGACUGGCGUUUCAGUCUUCAUGGCUCCAAUCUUGAAGUUUAUUCCCAUGCCUGUGCUCUAUGGAGUGUUUCUUUACAUGGGCGUCGCUUCCCUUAAUGGAGUGCAGUUCAUGGAUCGUCUGAAGCUGCUCCUGAUGCCUCUCAAGCACCAGCCGGACUUCAUCUAUCUGCGCCAUGUCCCGCUCCGCCGGGUGCACCUCUUCACUUUCCUCCAGGCAGUUUGCCUGGCUCUCCUUUGGAUCCUCAAAUCUACGGUGGCUGCGAUCGUAUUCCCAGUCAUGAUCCUGGCGCUGGUGGCGGUCCGAAAGGCCAUGGACUACUUCUUCUCCCAGCAUGACCUCAGUUUCCUUGACGACGUCAUUCCAGAGAAGGAUAAGAAAAAGAAAGAAGAUGAGAAGAAGAAGAAGAAGAAGAAGAGCAGCCUGGACAGCGACAAUGAUGAUGAGAAAAAUCACCAACAUUCCUUGAACGACAUACAUCAUGCUGAUAAUUUUCCUUACCUCCACUCCCACACGAUGCCAAGCCCUCCACGAACUCCAGUGAAAGUUGUGCCUCAAAUUAGAAUAGAGCUCGAUCCUGAAGACGGUGGCUUUUUCUGGCGGAGCAAGGGAACAGAAACAACUUUGUAACUUGG